CCUUUGGGCAGAUGUCGGAUCGGAAGGGACGGCUGCCUGCAGAUCAAGUUGCUGCUGCCAACUCUCGCGAGCUCUGUGUCAGAAACAGUUGAUUAUAAUGUCAGCACUGUCCAAUUUACGGGCUUAAAGCAGCAGCUGCACCCUUCAUUUUCCCUCAAGUAUUCAAAGAUCCUGACUCUUAAAAACUUUGUAGUUCUUGUAAUAGAGGUGGGGCAUCAUGAUUUGGACAAAUGGUACAGGUCUCUAUACCAAAUUUCUUAUGUGGCUUCUUCUCCUGUAUAUGUUCAUCAGGAAGGUAAUGCCUGAAGAUAACAUCAUUACAACCAGGAAUGGCAGAGUUAGGGGGACAAACCUGCAGGUACUGGGGGGAACUGUAACAGCCUUCCUUGGAAUACCUUAUGGACAGCCACCCACUGGCAGACUGAGAUUUCAAAAACCAGAACCUCAUGAGAAGUGGUCAGACGUUUGGGAUGCCACAAAACAUGCGAACUCUUGUUACCAGCUUAUAGAUACAACUUAUCCAGGAUUUCCUGGAACAGAGAUGUGGAAUCCAAAAACUAACCUAAGUGAAGACUGCUUGUAUCUUAAUGUAUGGAUUCCUUCUCCCAAACCUAAGAAUGCAACUGUCAUGGUGUGGAUAUAUGGCGGUGGCUUUGAGGCUGGGUCAACUUCCUUACCGGUCUAUGAUGGCAAGUUUCUGGCCAGGGUAGAAAGAGUCAUUGUAGUCUCCAUGAACUACAGGACUGGUGCAUUAGGAUUUUUGGCUUUGCCAGGAAAUCCAGAAGCUCCUGGAAAUGCAGGUUUAUUUGAUCAAAGAUUGGCACUUCAGUGGGUCCAGGAGAACAUAGCAGCGUUUGGAGGCAAUCCAAAGAGCGUGACUAUAUUUGGAGAAAGUGCUGGUUCGGCUUCUGUCAGCUACCAUAUCCUUUCUCCGAAAAGCCAUGCUUUAUUCACAAGAGCCAUCAUGCAAAGUGGAUCCGCAAAUGCCCCUUGGGCUGCAAUAACAGCAGCUGAAGCCAGAAACAGAACAGUGGCUUUAGCUAAACAACUCCAGUGUCCCACCAGCAACGAGACAGAACUAAUUCUCUGCCUCCAAGACAAGGACCCAAAGGAUAUACUGGACAAUGAAGUUUCAGUUUUAACAUACGACCCUCUUUUACAAAUAUUUUUUUGUCCAACUGUGGAUGGUGAUUUUCUCACGGACAUGCCAGAAACGUUGAUUGAGAAUGGCCUUUUCAAACAAACACAGAUCUUAGUCGGUGUUAAUAAAGAUGAAGGGUCAGAAUUUCUAGCAUAUAGAGUCCCUAGCUUCAGCAAGGAUGGUGAUGGCUUGAUCAAUAAAACAGAAUUUGAAGCAACUUUAACUCUGUCCUUCCCAGAAGCAAGCCAGCUUGCAAUAGAAUCGAUUGUUUUUCAGUACACAGAUUGGGAAAAUGAGCAGAAGCCAGAACAUUACCGUGAUGCCAUGGAUGAUAUCAUUGGUGACUACAACAUAAUAUGUCCUGCUAUAGAAUUCACCAAAAAAUUUGCACAACUGGGACACAAGGCAUUUUUUUACUUCUUUGAACAUCGAUCCUCAAAGCUCCCUUGGCCAGAGUGGAUGGGAGUGAUGCAUGGUUAUGAGAUUGAGUUUGUGUUCGGAUUGCCCCUAGAAAGAAGAGUGAACUACACCAAAGCUGAAGAAAUCCUAAGCCGGUCCAUGCUGAGAUACUGGGCAACUUUUGCGAAAACUGGAACUCCAAAUGGGACCUUGGUUAAUGGAACAAGAUGGCCAGUCUUCACCAGCACUGAACAAAAAUAUUUGACAUUAAAUACUGACACUCCAGAGAUACUAACAAAAUUACGUGCCCAACAGUGUCGAUUCUGGAAUAUUUUUUACCCCAAAGUUCUGGAAAUGACAGGAAAUAUUGAUGAGGCAGAACAAGAGUGGAAAGCAGGAUUCCAUCGCUGGAACAAUUACAUGUCAGACUGGAAAAAUCAAUUUAAUGAUUACACUAGCAAGAAGGAGAGAUGUGCAGGCACUAAUUAAUGUGUUUACCCUUUCCAGUAUGUCUGUAUUACAGUUCAUCAGAUAAAUAUACAGGUAGCUUUCUAAGACAUCUAGCAUUAAAUAUAUCAUGCAGAUUUAAAGGAUGUUAUGGAUAUAAUUUUGACUCCCAAGAUCUUUCAUUUCUAUUUUUCUUUUUAUCUCAAUAAACAAUAAGACAUUCAUAUUCUUUGAAGCUGCACUGUGUUAAAUAGGACUAUAGAGAUUAAAGUCUGAAAAUUCAUGAUGUACAUAUUAUUAUAAACACUAGCUGCUUAAAUUCACACCUCAAAGAAACAAUGUAAUCUGUUAUAGAGAAAUGGAUUUUUUUUAAUAGAAAUAGCUGUGUUUUACAGUAUUGCCAUGCAAAACACAAUCAGUUUUAAUCUUUAGCUGAAAUGCACCACACCUAAACCCUACUUCAGAUAUAAUUAAAUUGACAUAAACAUAAAUAGAUAAUAACUUCGUUGGACACACACCCCAAAUUAUACUUUCUUGUUAGACCAAACAUUUUUAAGACUGCCAUUUUAGCCCAAAUCAUUGCUUCUUUAUGGCCAAAUGUGUAAGACAAAGCCAUAGGAGGCGAAUAUUCAAGCUAAAUCAUUGGCACUCUGUGUGCAAGUGCAAUGGUGAAACAAGCCAGAAAAACUGGUGCUUCUACUGUCCUCAUUUUCAAGGAGCAAAGACCUACAGAUUGACAAAGCAAUGAACUCAGUUUUCCCCACUGGUUUCAACUAGUAAAUGAUUCCACUAUGGAGGUGAGCUCCAACUAUGAUAUGUUCUUCUCAACCAAGUUGCUUCCAAGUCAAGGGGCAACCUCAAGUUCACUGGAAAAUGAUGGACGAGUUUUUGUACCUGAAGAGGAGUAUUGAUCUGUGUGUCAACAGGUUCAUCAGAAAUCAGCCAUGAAAGUCCUGCUCAGCCAGCUCAGCAGGAGAGUUGGACCUGGCUGCAAAACCCUUGGUCCUCUUGGGGAUGAUUGGGAAGGACAUCACUUCAGACGGAAGUUGUGACCUUGUUGGGAAGGACCCAAAUUUUUAACGUGGUCAAGUAAGCUCUGGCUACCAUGCAAGUAGGCAUCUCCUGGAGCCCUUUCUGCCUACUUGAGCUGAAUCUGUUAGAAACUUCUGAACAUAACAAACCAAAACAAAUAAACAAAUAAAACAACUACAGCAAAAAUAAUAACAAACAACAGCACAAAAAACACACACACACCCCCACACAAAAAAAACACACCACGAACACACACAAAAUCCAAACCCACAACUCUUGGAUAAUUCUUCUUUCUACUUCUCUGUUUCUGGAUAGGGUUGGAAGUUGCAUGCCUGAAUAACACCUUAAUAGGAGCUGCUUAUCACUGGCCCAACCAGGAAGAAUAAAUGCCAAAAAUUUGAUAAACAUAAGGAGCAUGUAAAAGCAACAACCCAUCUCAUAAAUAAAUUAUCCUGAAGCUUUCUGUAAAUGUAAUAACAUUUCAAUGCAUCUAUUUUCUGUUCUAGUCAUUGUGAGCUCUUGCAAAAUUCCUUCUCGAAUUGAGUAGUCUGAAGAGAUCCAUAUAAUGAGAGUAUUCUCUUUCUGGCAAUCACUUUGUCCACACAGGAUCAGUGCACUGAACAGAUUUUAUUUUUUUGCAGAAAGGCCAAAUUCUGCAAGAAAUGAUGGCUUAUCAUCUUUUCAAUUAUUUCUGAGAGAAUACAAUCAUUUCCUGACUAAAUUAUGGUAAACCACCUUUCAGCACAGUAUUUCCAAAGACUACAAUCAAACCCACACAAUCAAAAAACCCAAUCAUUUAUGAGCAAGCUGAUUAAAACUUGAAAUUAUCUGGGAUUAAAAAGCCCUCUUUAUGCAGCACUUCAUGUUUAUACCACAGGUAAUUAGCUCAUUACAAAUAUUAGCACAGUUACUGCUAUUAAUAGAUUAAUGGAGAGCUGCGUCUGCCUACAGUGUAUUGGGUAUUUAUCAGAUAUUCCUCAUGCUAGUGAUGAGCUACUGAAAUAAAAAGAAAAGCCAGAAGGAUGAGCUUUCUGUCCAUCAUUAAGCCAGUUCUGGCACUCCCUGAUUUAUUUAUGGGUUGUGCUUCAUAGAUGUGAUGGGUGUUGAUCUGCCACAGCGAACCUUGUCACACCAGCAACACCCAAGCACAUUUAAAAACAGCAUUUGUCUCUUUUGAUAACUACUUCUUGGCCAUUUAACUGUCUGUCUAAUCAGCCUAAUCAAUGGCGGGGG